AUGGAAGGUCCACUAUCAAAAUGGACGAAUGUUAUUCAGGGUUGGCAAUAUCGAUGGUUUGUAUUAAAUGCAUCCACGGGGAUGCUAGCAUACUACACAUCAAAAGAGAAUAUGGUUAAGGGUGAAAGGCGUGGUGUCGUUUUAUUAAAAGGAGCUAACUUAGGAAUUGAUUCUGAAGAUGAUAGUACGUUCACAAUUCGAUCUCAUGGAAAAACCUUUCAUUUUCAAGCUCGCGAUGCAGAAGAACGUCAAAAAUGGAUAACAAGCUUGGAAGAGGGUAUUAGUCUUAACACUGUUUAUACGGAUAAAUUAUCAGUAUCAAGUACAUCUGUUUUUGACCGUAAAAUAUCUGAAGCAGAUGCAUAUUUACAAUUAUUGAUUGAUCAAGUUAAAAGAUUAAUCGAAGCUGUUAAAUAUUCAAUUGUUUCAUUGCAACUAGCCAAAGUUCACAUGGAUCCUAAUAACGAUGUAAAUGCUGAAGUUGAUUAUCAAGCUGUACUGUCUCAUAUGAAUGUUCAUAAAGAUGAAAUUUUACAUAAUCGAAGUCAUUUGAUUAAUGCUACGGCUGGAGGUGAUUCAUACAUGAAAGAUAAAGGAGCAGAUAAAACAUUGGAAUCAUUAGAUUACCGUACCGUUGUUGAUAAUUUUAGAAAAAGUUUUCCAGCUGUUUCUUAUUCAAGUAGUGAUGACGAUGAUUUUUAUGAUGCCACCGAAUCAAAUGAGUCUUCUUCAUCUAAUCCUUCAAAUUUGACAAUACUGCACUCUCGUGCUCCACCACCCUCACCAAUAAUCAAUGUCAGUGACAUACCAUCACUAACUAAGUCACUUAUGCCAACAACAAAUGAGAAUACAAAUAUUAGUAAUGAAAGUAAAACUAAUACUAACAUGAAAAAUAAGUACAAUGAUACGACUGAUAGUCUAUCAUCUGCGUCCCAACAAUCUCGUUCUUCGUUACCCUUGCAAACAACAAGUCAAAUAUCAUAUGACAUUUUCGAAGCGGCUUAUGACGAUGAUGGAGAUGUAGACGUGGCACCAAUGGAUGGAAGUGUUAUAUCUCACUUAAUAUCACAAGUACGAUUAGGAAUGGAUUUAACAAAAGUCACAUUACCAACCUUUAUACUUGAACGACGAUCAUUCCUAGAAAUGUUAGCUGAUUUUCUAGCUCAUCCAGAUCAAUUUGUGAGUGUUGCUGAUUGUACUAGUCCUCGUGAUCGAUUUAUUCACGUUGUCAAAUGGUAUUUAUCCGCCUUUCAUGCUGGAAGAAAGAGUGCGGUGCCAAAAAAACCUUAUAAUCCAAUAUUAGGCGAAACAUUUGAAUGUUAUUAUGACGUUGGCUCUCCAACAUCUACUACAAAUAUGAACAAUGUUAACGAUGGACCAGUUCCAUGGGCAAAUAAAGAUAAUGUUACAUUUAUUGCUGAGCAAGUUUCACAUCAUCCACCAGUGGCUGCUUUUUAUGCUGAAUGUGUUGCAAAACGAAUUCAGCUUGAUGGAUGUUUAUGGACGAAAUCAAAAUUCCUUGGAUUAUCGGUUGCUGUACAUAUGAUAGGAGAUGCAACUAUAACGCUAUUGGAUUUCGAUGAAAAAUAUGUGAUAACUUUUCCAAGUGCUUAUGGAAGAUCAAUUCUAGGUGUGCCUUGGUUUGAAAUGGGUGGAAAAGUUCAAAUCGAUUGUGAAACGACUGGAUACAGUGCUACUAUUGAUUUUUUGACUAAGCCGUUCUACAAUGGUAAGAAACAUCAAAUAAGUGGAAUCAUGUAUGGACCUGAUAAGAAAGAAUUUUGUAAAAUUGAUGGUGAAUGGAAUGGCGUUAUGUAUGCCAAAUACUCCGAUACAAAAAUAUCAGACAUUUUCUUUGAUACAAAAACCACUCCAAUUAUGAAAAAGAUUGUUCGUCCAAUUAAAGAACAAGGCGAAUUUGAAAGUAGACGUUUAUGGAAAGAUGUUACUUAUUGUUUGAAAUCGAAACAAUUAGAGAAAGCCACAGAGGCCAAAUUGGCCUUAGAACAACGCCAACGAGAAGAAACGAAAGAACGAGCAGAAAAAUCAUUAAAAUGGCAAACAAAACAUUUUGUGGAGUGUGGGGAACAAAAAUGGACAUACGAUCAAAAAUUAACUAAACGUUUAAAGAUUAACUGA